CGGCCCUUAUUUAAUUCACGGGCACACCAACUUAAUAUCUCUACGUCAAUCUACUUCUCUAUGGUUGUCAUUGCAUACUUUCGAGGCCAACCAAACCAAAAUCUCCGCCUGACACUUCUUUCUCCUCAUCAUCCACGCUGCAUGCUAAAAGAUUUUUGCUUUUAUAUAAUAUAUAUACACACACAGACACAUGCAUAUACCGUAGGACUCCGUCAAGACACAAAUUAAAGAUGUCCACCAUGAACUUCUUCCUAUCUGCUUUAUUGCUUCACUCUUUCAUGGCUACUGUGUUGGGAAAAGAAGCAUCGCAUAUUAUCAUGCACAAUGGCGGAGGCUAUCCUUAUGCUUCUCCCCCUCCUCCGAUGUGUCCCCCGCCUCCACCCCCACCUCCUCCCCCGAAGUGUCAGACAAGGUUGGAGAAUGGCCGCCGAACUCUGGUGGGCUUCACUGGUUCAGUGGACCGAAACAAAUACAUCGGUGACUGGAGGGGUGAUGACCCUUGCAAAUUCAACGGGAUACGAUGUGCAGAAUAUCCAGACCCGGAAAAGCAGCGAGCAAUUGCGGGAAUAGACCUGAACGGAGCUGGGCUGUCUGGGAAAAACCGCACACCUCUGCUCCUGUCGGGGCUCUUGGACAAGAUACCAGAGCUGACGUUCUUCCACGUGAACUCCAACAACUUCACCGGUGCCAUCCCAAGUGAAAUAACCCAGUACAAAUAUUUCUUCGAGUUGGACCUAAGUAACAACAAGCUGAAGGGCGAGUUUCCAAAGGAAGUUCUCCAGUCCUCGCAGCUGGUUUUCCUUGACCUCAGGUUCAACCUUCUCUACGGCCCCAUACCUCCGCAGCUCUUCUACCUCAAAUAUCUCGAUGUCAUUUUCAUCAACAACAAUCAAUUCACUGGCAGUCUCCCCGAUGCCUUUGCCUCCACCCCGGCAAGGUACCUCACUUUUGCCAACAACCAACUCACCGGUCCAAUCCCCCCCUCCGUCGGAGCUUCCAAAAACCUCGUCGAAGUCCUCUUCUUGGGCAACCACUUCCAGGGAUGCUUGCCCUACCAGAUUGGCCUCCUCCGCAAGGCCACCGUCUUUGACGUCAGCAAAAACAAUUUGACCGGUCCCAUCCCACGCUCCUUCGGCUGCCUGGAGAGCAUCCGGUACCUCAACUUGGAGUGCAACCAGUUCUACGGUGAAGUUCCGGAAACGGUGUGUCAGCUCCCAGGGCUCCGCGACAGAGGCAACUUCUCAUUAUCGAACAACUAUUUCACUCAGGUUGGCCCUGCAUGCAGGAAGCUGAUCGAGUGCAAUGUGCUGGACGUGAGCAACAACUGCAUCCUUGGCCUUCCCAAUCAAAGGCCCCAUGGCGAAUGCUCCCACUUCUUCUCCAACCUCAAGCCCUGCCCCAAUCCAAAGUCUCUCAAUUACGUACCCUGCAAAAAGUACGAUCCCAGCAGCCACACCCACACCACCACCUCCACUCCUCCUGCUCCUCUCUCUUACAACUCUCUCGAUCCCCGUCUUCAUCGCUAGCUUACCAUCGCACCUACUACAACUGCAUGCUUUACUAGGCAUCAACUGUAUCUAUCUAUGUAUCAUUACCUAUGUCUCUCUGUUUCUCAUCUCUAUUCACUAAUGAAUAAGCAGUUUGUUUGUUUGUCUG